AAGUUGUAGCGGAAUGCCCAGUGAGGUGUGUUAUUAAGCUGAUGAUGUCCACAUGAAUCAGGAGGCAGCGUGUUUUCCAGGGAGGGAGGGAAAUGGCAGGAGAAUGGCCCCAGGAGGUGAUAAGGACACUAGGUGUGCUUCCUUGUACGUCGGCUUUCACUAACUCACUUCCACUUGGGGAAUGGUUUAAACGCCUUUGAAGGAAGGUAAACGAUGGAUUUGAUGGAUAUGUUUCUGGCCUUGUUUGUGCUAGUUUGCGAUGUGUUCUACACCGAGGGAUGGAUACUUCAAGACCCCAAUGCUUUCACUAGGACAAUCCGAAUGCCUCAUGUCCGAGCCCAGAAGGCCGACGCCCUACUAUGCCAUGCGGUGAAGUUAAACAAGAGAACGGCGUAUAUAGUGAAGUAUGAGCCUCACGCCUCCAGAACCAGGGCACAUCAUCUGAUGGUGUACGGGUGUAAGGUCCCAGGGGACAGAAGACCCUACUGGUCUUGUGGUGAAACCAGCGACCGCUCAGAGCGGUCAGUAUGCCUGGAUGGAGACCGCCAGGUAGUGUUUGCCUGGGCCCUGGACGCUCCAUCCAUGAAUCUCCCUGACGGUGUGGGCUUCCGCGUCGGUGGGGACACGGGCAUCGAUUACAUCGUCAUACAGCUUCAUUACGUGCAACGAUUCCCAGGUUACCUGACGGAUGACUCCGGAGUAACACUACACAUGACCUACACGACGCAACAGAAGCAAGCAGGCUUCUACGUGUUGGCCGAUACUGGCUACAUACCUCCUCAAAUGCAAGAAUUCCAUAUGGAAAGUGCGUGCGAUUAUGACAGCUACUCCAUCUUCCCUAUUGGCUACAGGACGCACUCACAUAACCUUGGCUUGGUAACAUCUGGCUACCGGAUUAGAGACGGCCAGUGGACGGAGAUAGGACGGAUGUCUCCACAGUUGCCACAGACAUUCUACAACAUAACAACUCCCCACCUCAGUAUACGGAAGGGGGAUAUUUUGGCGGCCAGAUGCACUAUGAAUAGCAUGCAGAGAGAAGAGUAUACAAUGAUGGGAGCCACCAAUACUGACGAGAUGUGUAAUUUCUACAUCCUCUAUUACACAUACCGGAAGGAGAAUCUCAAAAUCCAAUACUGCUUCCGGGAUGCGCAACACUUCAAGUGGGCCGAUUACCUCGAAACCGUACCGGAUUCUGCCAGUUCCCUGGCGGGGAUUCCCCACAGUGACGAAAUCAGAGACAGUUUUCGACCACGUCUGCCCAGGAUGAGAGGCAGACGACACCAUGCUACAAUGUAACCCAGAUUAAUAAUGCAGGGUUCGGGCAGCACAACCACCAUUUAUGUGUUUUGCUGUGAAAGUUGGUAAAUACAGCGUCAACAUUUCAAAGCAACAGGUAUGAACAAAAUUACUUGUCAGUCUGUUCCAUCUGUUCCUGGGCCAUAGCUUCGGGCCAUAUGUUUAUAACAUCCCUACAAUAUUAGACAAUGUUCGUGUACGAGAGAAUCCCUUGGUUAAUUUCUGGUGGUAUGAAGUAUCCUAUAAUAAUUCCAUUAGCUGAUCAUUACUGACACAUAUGAGUACAACACCGAACAAUUGAUGCUUGUAAAAGUAUGCAUGGGGGAUCAAGGAACACGGUGUAUACUAUAGCUGUUGUUUUGGAUUAACUUUGUUUCAAUGUUUUGCAAAUGUAUGGUGCUAUAUACAUAUGAUAAUAGCUCUGUAGCUUGUAAUACUGACGUACUCCGGAUAGAGCGAUACCGUCGAACCAUAUAAAAUGCGAUGCAAACUGUGGCAGCCUUGAAAACAGAUAUAUCAUUUAGAUAUUACAAUACAAUUAUUCCAAUGAUA